GCAUGAAAUUGCUACUGCCGCUCGAGUGUUCAAAAUCGCAACAGUUCGUGAGUUUGCGAGAUCCCGGGCAUUUUUUGCCACUCUUCGUAAUGAUUUCAACUCCCUUGGUCUCCUUGCAUGCCCUUGGGCUGAUUGCGAUGGUGUCCGCUUUGCGGCACUAUGAGGAUGACAUGGCGCAUGAAAAUCUGGCUGCGGACGCGAAGCUGGUGCUGAACCGUACCCGGCCACUGACCCCGCGACUCAGUGCGGAGGACCUGGCAGAUUUGCGGCAGAUGAAGGUCCCCAGGGCCUCCAUGGCCCAGCUGAAGGAGACCUGCAAUGAGUCCAAGUUUUUGAAGACGGGCGACAAGCUGGGAGAAGGUGCCUUUGGAGCUGUCUACAAGGUGCGAAGCAACACCUGGCUGAGUGGGGUCCUCGAAUCUGCGAUCAGCGUGAGUGGGGUCCUGGGUAACUGGUUUGAGUCUGCCUCCCAGUACUAUUACUAUGCCAUGAAGGUACCUUUGGAAGGGGACGAGGAAGCCGAGGAUGCGGCGGAGCAUGAGAUCAGCGUGAUGGCUGCGGCCAAGGAUCAUCAAUGUAUGAACGUCUUGCCAUUGCUGGAUGAGGAUCCCUGCGUUGAUGGCGAGAGGAUGAUCAACGCCUUUGUCACAAAGCUUUUGCCAUGGGAUAUGGACAAGUGGCAGCGGGAGUAUGAAGUCAAUGCCGAGUGCUUUGAUGUUGUCUUCGAUGCCGUUCGAAGCGGACUGGAUUGCAUGCACGAGGCUGGCUAUAUGCAUGGUGACCUGAAGCCCGACAAUGUCUUGUUUGAGGACUUCGAUGCGGAUGGAUGUCCCAAAGGUAUUCAGCUGGCAGACUUUGGCCUGUCGCACGAGCUGGGGAAGCCCCACAUGAAGUUUCCCAAGCAAUACUAUAACAUUUCCUGGCAUGAAGCUGGCACAGUCUUCAACGGUGUCACGGAUCCCUUCAAGCUGACUACGAAGGUCAAAGUGAAUGGCAAGUACAAGAUGCAUUAUGUGGUGGACAGCCGUUUGGAUGAAUGUUCCUUCGCGAUGCUGAUGUAUGAACUCUUCAAUGAACGCGUUCCGUCCAUCCAGGAGCACUUGGGGAAGGGGGCCUGUGGCCCCAUGGGGCCUGAGCGAGGCCUGAUGAUGCCCUGAGUUCCGGCACGGGGCAAUGUGGCAAUGAGAAAAGCUGAGUCAGCUGAGAUCAGCUGAGUGCGGCGGCUGCCUACUGACACCAUACUGGCACCUUGCUCUGUUUGUUGACUUCAAACAGUGUAUCCAAAGACCAGCUGGACCUCCCUCGCAAUGUUUGGCUCCAGAGAUGACUUGCGCAUGGGAAGCACAGAGGAGAUAGCUUAGAC